AUGGCAGAUCAGGCCGCACACAGGCGCACCCUCCAGGACCUCAUCAAGCGCGAGGAUCUCAAGAACAAAAUCUGCAUCGACUGCGGCAACCCCAACCCCCAAUGGGCCUCACUCAGUUUCGUGCGCUCUGUGUCCAUGGACACAUGGCAAGACGAGCAGAUCAGACGGAUGAAGCUGGGUGGGAACGGGCCCUUCCUCGACUUCAUGGAGUCCUACAGCCCCGCCGAGCAGGGCGGUUACAAGGCAGAUAUGAGCUCAUACGACCGCUAUCACUGCUGGGCCGCCACGCAGUACCGCGAAAAGCUCGACGCAACCUUGCGGGACCAACCUUGGUCCCCAUCAGCCCCUCCCGAGGGCUACGCCUCUCCGGGCAGUGGCGUCGGCUCGCCCGGACGGCCCUCGUCCGCGCAAGGCCUCCGCAAAUCGCGCACCUCCAACCGCACUAACAGCCUGCGCGCGGGCUCGCCCUCGCCCGCCUCCUUCUCCUCCGCCCCGACGUCCCCGAACCCCGCCUCGCUCAGCAUGGACCAGAAAUCCGCGAACGAGUCCUACUUUUCGUCGCUCGGGUCCGUCAACGCGUCGCGGCCGGAGCACCUCCCGCCGUCGCAGGGCGGGCGGUACCAGGGUUUCGGCAGCACGCCGUCGCCCGCGCCCGACGCGCAACACCCCGCCUACGGGCUCUCGUCGCGCGCGGCGCCGUCGCUCGCGGAGAUCCAGGAGAACCCGCUCGCGGCGCUCGGCAAGGGCUGGUCGCUGUUCUCGUCCGCGGUGGUGGGCGCGUCGCGCGCGGUGAGCGAGAACAUCAUCCAGCCGGGCGUCGAGCGCGUGACGGACCCGACGUUCCAGGCGGGCGUGCGCGGGUACGUGUCCGAGGCGGGACGGCGCGCGGGCGACGUCGGGCGCUCUGCGAACCAGUGGAGCAAGAGCCAGUUUGGGGUGGACGUCGCGGGGCAGGUGGGCGGCGUCGUCGGCGGGGUGCGGGGGCGCCUCGGGGGGAGCGAUCCGGCGCGGAGCGGGUACGGGCUCGCGAGCCAGCACGAGGAGGAGAGCUCGGCGCUGUACCAGGACGCGGACGAGGACGAUUUCUUCGGGGAGUAUUCGUCGUCCCGGGGGUCUUCCAGCGCGACGCAGGCGUACUCUUCAGCCCCGGCGUCGAAGCCGACGCCUGCUGCGGCGAAGAAGGGGGACGAUUGGGACGAGUGGAAAGACUUUUGAUUUUUGGGUCGGGUCGUACAUGGAUUGCGGCUAGUAGAUCUGUGUAAUUAGAUACCCUCGGGGGUGUUGUUGUAACGAGUUCGGUCAGCUUUGCAUG